GGGGGUAGAUUCUUUAAGAAAUUCCUUUGGAUUUUAAAAGAAAACAACUUGGGGCAGGAUAUUGUGUGAUGUGCAGAGAAACGCGACUUUCAUUCAUUUGCUGUUAGCGACCUCCCCUCCUCUGCUUCCCACCCUCGCGAGUUUCCCCAGUGUCCACGAGCUGUCGCCCACGCCCCUUACUACAACCGCCUCCUGGCGAAGUGGGCCAUGCUUACCCCCCACUUAAGAUUUGAACCUGUAUUUACUGUACUGUUAACCUCCUUUUCUGAUCUCUGAAUUUGUUUUUAAGUUCUUCAUUUCUAUACUAAACUGUGCUAUUCAUUUAUUCAUUCCCUCACCUUCCCCUGUGCCAGGCCCUGUGUUGGAAUUUGGGUGCCCAAUACUAAGCAGCAUAGCUCAGUUCUCAUUAUCAGAGUUCAGUGGGAAGACAGACACUUAAGUAUGAAGCAAACAAGUCAACAAGAGAUUUGAGAGGUAGUAGGGAUGCGAAGACAAUAAUCUGGGACGUGACGAGAAGUUGAGGAGACCUCUCUUUUGAAGAAGAGGAUGUGCUGUUUCUCCUUUCAGUCAGUAAGCCUCAAAGCGGAGGAUCCCAGUGUCCCAGCCGGGCAUGGCUGACCCCCACCAGCUUUUCGAUGACACGAGUUCAGCCCAGAGCCGGGGCUAUAGGGCCCAGCAGGCAGCCAGUGGCCUGGGCUACCCUGCCACCUCCACCUUACCCCAGGCAGCCUUCCUGGCAGAUCCCGUGUCCAACAUGGCCAUGGCCUACGGGAGCAGCCUGGCCGCACAGGGCAAAGAGCUGGUGGACAAGAACAUCGACCGCUUCAUCCCUGUCACCAAGCUUAAGUAUUACUUUGCUGUGGACACCGUGUAUGUGGGCAAAAAGCUGGGCCUGCUCGUCUUCCCCUACCUGCACCAGGACUGGGAGGUGCAGUACCAGCAGGACACCCCGGUGGCCCCUCGCUUUGAUGUCAAUGCUCCAGACCUCUACAUUCCAGCGAUGGCUUUCAUCACCUACAUCUUGGUGGCUGGCCUUGCACUGGGGACCCAGGACAGGUUCUCCCCAGACCUCCUGGGGCUGCAAGCGAGCUCGGCGCUGGCCUGGCUGGCCCUGGAGGUGGUAGCCAUCCUGCUCAGCCUCUACCUGGUCACCGUCAACACCGACCUCACCACCAUUGACCUGGUGGCCUUCUUGGGCUACAAAUAUGUCGGCAUGAUCGGCGGCGUCCUCAUGGGCCUGCUCUUCGGGAAGAUGGGCUACUACCUGGUGCUGGGCUGGUGUUGUGUUUCCAUCUUUGUUUUCAUGAUCCGGACACUGAGGCUGAAGAUCCUGGCCCAGGCGGCGGCCGAGGGGGUCCCGGUGCGCGGCGCGCGAAACCAGCUGCGCAUGUACCUGACCAUGGCGGUGGCGGCGGCGCAGCCCCUGCUCAUGUACUGGCUCACCUUCCACCUGGUGCGCUGACCGCCCUCAUCAUCUCUGCCGGCCCGGCCACCCCCGCGGCCCUCGACGCGCCCCCCUCGCCAAGGUGCUGAGACCUCCAGCUGCACAAGGAAUCAAUAAAUCCAGAAGCUCG